AUGUCUACGAACCGGCCCUUCUUCUCGAAUUUCCUCGCGGCCUUCCGCGCCCAGUCCGCUAUACAGAAGGCUGCAACCUCGCAGUCUACAGCAGCAAGCUCCUACUCGCACAAUACAGCUUCCUCUCCCAACCACAACGCCUCGACAUCGUCGCGGACAAUAGCAACGAAGGCUGGGCCAUCUUCACCUGGCGCUACAACAGCAGCCGUGCAAGCAACCGGCCAAUUCCAACCUACCAGGCAACAUGCCGCUCCGUACCACCGCUCCACAUCGCCCACGGCAACAGCCUUCCCGAUACCAGGUGCUUCAAGACGGGACAGGAGAGGCUCGGACAGUUCGAACGAAGGCUUCCAUGAAGUAAUGGGAGCAGAAAAGUGGUACAUCGGAGGGCGGACUGCGGCAGGGGAAGAGAAGUUCUACAAGCUCGGCAUGGUCAAGAGACACAAGAGCGUGGAUCGACUGAGCCUCGACAGACUCAGUAUAUAA